CACCCUGUGCAUUUCUGGUUUGCCACGGGCGGAGCGGGGUUUUGUAUCAGCCGGGGGCUGGCACUGAAGAUGAGCCCGUGGGCCAGCGGGGGUCACUUCAUGAGCACCCGCCUGCCCGACGACUGCACCAUCGGCUACAUCAUUGAGUCCGUGCUGGGCGUGAAGCUCAUCCGGAGCAACCUCUUCCACUCGCACCUGGAGAACCUCCACCAGGUGCCCAAGACGGAGAUCCACAAACAGGUGACACUGAGCUACGGCAUGUUUGAAAACAAGCGCAACUCCAUCCACAUGAAGGGAGCCUUCUCCGUCGAGGAGGACCCAUCCAGGUUUCGCUCCGUGCACUGCCUGCUGUACCCCGACACGCCGUGGUGCCCCGCCAACGUGGUUUACUAG